GCAAAAGGCCCCAAGUGGGUCAGGGCUGAGACACUAGACUUGACUUCCACCCAUAGUGGUCAGCACUCCUCCAGCCUCACCUGGGACCAUGAGUGGCCACGUCGGAGACCUUAGCCCCAAGCAGGCAGAGACCCUGGCCAAGUUCCGAGAAAAUGUCCAGGACGUGCUACCUGCCCUUCCCAACCCUGAUGACUAUUUCCUUCUGCGCUGGCUUCGAGCUCGGAACUUUGACCUGCAAAAAUCAGAGGCCAUGCUUCGCAAGUACAUGGAGUUCCGGAAGACCAUGGACAUUGACCAUAUCCUUGAUUGGCAGCCUCCAGAGGUGAUCCAGAAGUACAUGCCAGGGGGCCUAUGCGGUUACGACCGUGAUGGCUGUCCUGUGUGGUACGACAUCAUUGGGCCACUUGACCCCAAGGGACUGCUCUUCUCGGCCACCAAGCAGGACUUGCUCAAGACCAAGAUGAGAGAUUGCGAGCGCAUCCUGCAUGAGUGUGACCUGCAAACCGAGCGGCUGGGGAAGAAGAUUGAGACCAUCGUAAUGAUAUUUGACUGUGAGGGCCUGGGCCUGAAGCACUUCUGGAAACCGCUGGUGGAAAUGUACCAGGAGUUCUUUGGCCUCCUUGAAGAGAAUUACCCAGAGACCCUCAAGUUCAUGCUCAUCGUGAAAGCCACCAAACUGUUCCCUGUGGGCUACAACCUCAUGAAGCCAUUCUUGAGUGAAGACACUCGCAGGAAAAUCAUAGUGCUUGGAAGUAACUGGAAGGAAGGUUUGCUGAAACUCAUCAGUCCUGAGGAACUGCCUGCUCAGUUUGGGGGAACCUUGACUGACCCAGAUGGAAACCCCAAAUGUUUAACCAAGAUCAACUAUGGUGGAGAGAUCCCCAAGUCCAUGUACGUGCGGGACCAAGUGAAGACUCAGUAUGAACACUCAGUGCAGAUCAGCCGUGGCUCCUCACACCAGGUGGAGUACGAGAUCCUGUUCCCAGGAUGUGUCCUCAGGUGGCAGUUCUCAUCAGACGGUGCAGACGUCGGCUUUGGGGUCUUCCUGAAGACCAAGAUGGGGGAGCGGCAGCGGGCAGGCGAGAUGACAGAGGUGCUGCCCAGUCAGCGCUACAACGCCCACAUGGUCCCCGAGGAUGGGAGCCUCACCUGUGCAGAGGCUGGCGUCUAUGUCCUGCGCUUCGACAACACCUAUAGCUUUGUUCAUGCCAAGAAAGUGAGCUUCACAGUGGAGGUGCUGCUCCCGGACGAGGGCAUGCAGAAAUACGACAAGGAGCUCACCCCUGUCUAGAAGGCCCCCUCUUUCUCAGAGACCCCUGCUUCUCUGCUUUCUCUACAUAUACCUCCACCCCCAGCAAUUGAUUAUUAGUCCGCCGGACCCCAAGGCAUUAGAGAAAAGGCCUGUGGGAGGUUCAAAUGCUGUAGAUGGAUCUGGAAAUGUAUAAGAGGCACCACCUUUGAAGGGCGUGAAAGUUGCAGGAGAGGCAGAAGGCAAGGGUGAAGGUGGGAAGUGGGAUGUCACUGAACCCCCAAGCAAUAAGAAAAUGAACCCCCUAGCCUUUGUCCUCAGUUAUCUUAAGGCAUAUGUGUGUGCUUGAAUUACCUUCACUAUAAACUGUGAGCUCCUUGGAUUGGAGACCUAUCUAAAUUAUUUUUAUGUCCCCUCCUCAUAUGUUGUUG